AUGCGUCCUUUUUUCUCAUUUUUUUUAUCAUUUUUUAUUUUUGGGUGCAAAAAUGUUUUUGCAUCAAAUUGCUCGUUUGAAAAUGAUUUGGUUCAAUUGACAUGGCGAGUUCGGAACGAUACAAUUAAUUUGAAUUUUGUUCAUAAAAAUUUCAAGAAUACGAAAUUUACUGCAAUCGCUUUUGGGAACGGACCGGGAAUGGUGAGUUAUUUUUUUAAUACACGCUAAAACCCACAGUACUUUUCGGGAGAUGUUGUACAGUAACCCCCGAGUAUUUUCAAUGAGAACCCUAAGGUUUCCAAUUGUUUCAAAAAAUAAUAGUUUUUAGAGUAGAAAAUAAUUUUCUUUAAAAUUCGUCCUUAAUUUUCACUUGUUAGUGAAACUCAAGUUUUCAGACAAAUCUCGAAGCAAUAAUCUUCUCGAAUAAAAAUGGAUCAAUUGUAACUCGCACAGGAUACACUCCAAAAUAUGGAAAAGUUAUUUAUGAUGAAUCUUCUUAUGUUCAAAUUCCUCAACUUGAUUACGACGGCACAAUUUUACAAGUUUCGAUAACUCGCCCUCUUGGAUCUGCUGGACCUAGAAACUUCUCUUUGGAUCAAUGUAUUGAUUGGGAUAUUAUUCCAGGAAGCAGAAAGAAUCUUAUGAAAAAGCAUAAGAAAAAGCAUCAUGGCGGAGCUUACAAAAUCAAGGUAUCUUUUUAGCUUGUUAACAUUUUUUCUAUGUACUCUAUCAAAAAACUAAUAUUUGUUUGCUGCCAAACAGCGGGCAAAAAAAAAUAGAAGCAACUUUGGUUUAGUGAUAAUUGUACCGAAAAGCUUAAGUGCACUACAACAAUGAACAUCACAAUUUGUUUUCAGAACGUAUGUGCGGCACAAUGUACAACCAGCAAAUUUGUGACAUUUUGA